UCCCACCGUCUUCAUUUGGCCCGGCAGGCACGCGGAGGGGUGCGGCGGCGCUGGAAUGCGUGCGUGCGUCCAGGUAAAUGCGGAAGUAAAGGCGCAAGCCGCAGAGGAAGACGAAGAAAAGUGGCCGCGACAAGUAAAACAAAGGCCUACGUAAAGAGGUUUAUGGUGCCGAAGAAGUCAUAUUAACAGGUCAGGAUGGCUCUAUGUGACGGCCUGUCGCACUGCAAACUGGCUCUGGCCUUCGCCGUGCUGAUGGACCUGCUGGGAGGAGCUGCCCUGCUGCUGGGGGUCUUCGCCCCUCUGGAGGUCAAAGGUCAAGACUUUGGAGACUUACUGGUCUACACAGGGGCGCUGCUGGUGCUCAUGUCGUUGGGCGGCUGGGUGCUGUGGUACAGCGGGAACAUCGAGGGCCUGACGUCCCGGAGGGAGCUGGGACACAUCGGCAGCGCCGUGGACCGACUGGCUCGCAACCUCAGCCGCAAGAUCCGCACCUACAGGAGCCACCUGUGAGCCUGGAGCAGCCAGGCUUUUUACAUUCUCAUGGAUGGAUGAUGUGGACAAAUGCAGCUUUGGAUAUUUCCUAAUUCAUUUCAGUUUAAAUCAGUGUAGUGAUACCUGGAUCUGUAAGUAUUAAUAUACACAUAGAAACAUGAGGCAUAAGACUGUAAUGUGUCUGUCAGCCACUAAAAGAUGAACGUUACACUUGUUUCCAGAAACAUUUCAGUUAUGGCAGCACAGCUGCUGUUGUGUUACAUUGUCAUGCUGCUGAAGUUUUAUUGUAUGUUUUUUUAUUUUUACUGUGAAACAUUUCAAUAAAACUCUUUUUUUUAAAUAUG